GUUUCUUUUUCCCCCUUUUUUUUCCCCGCGAACCUCGUUGCUGCAUCCGACGCGGUUUGGCCGCCAUGUCUUCGGACGCGAGCCAGGCCAACCAGGCCACCCGGAGCAGGUGGUUGGACGGCACGGCGAAGACUGGCAAGGAAUUGGACAAGGAGCAGGUGCCUGUCAAGGCUAAGCCGCAGGUACCAGGCCAGCUUGGCUCGGAUGCCUGGGAGGGCAAGACCCUGGCGGAGAAGAGCCCCGACAAGACGCGAGACGAGGGCGCAGGCGACGAUGCCUGGGCCGACUUCUUCAACGCGCCCCGGCAGCGGGAAGCACGGGAGGAGCCGCAGCGAGGCGCUCGAGAGCGGCCAGGCUUUGAUAGGGAAGUCUUUUUUGGCCAACAGCGCUUCGACCGGGGCCCGCGGCGGCGCGGCUUCGGAGUCGAUGAUGAAGCCCUCUCCCACUGCAUGGCGAGGCUGCUCCGCUACCCCGAGAAGCACGGGGUGGACGUAGACGAGGAAGGCUUCGUAGAAAUGCUGUUGCUGCUGGAGCACCCGGACCUUCGUGGAGCACAGUUGCAACACGUCCGCCGGGUGGCGAUUGAAAGUACGUCCAGGAUGGGCAAGCGUUUCGAGAUGCGAGAGCUGCAGUCGGAGGAUGGCAAGGUGGUCGAACUGGUGCGGGCGACCUACUUCCACAUGGAGGAUCGACCUCGUGCGCCCAGAGGGCGGCGAUUCAUCUAUGAGGACGCGAGGAGUACAACGCCUGCAGAGCCAAUGGCGGGGUUCAGCAUGCCGGUCAGCGAGGCUGGCGGGAUGCACUUUGUGCUUACCCCCCGGGAGUCGCAGGAGGAGCACUUUGACAUCGAGGAACAGUUCGCGGCGCUUCAUUCAGGGGCAGCCCGGCAAGAGGCCAAGGCCACGUCGGAUGCGUCUGCGUCUACAGAGGCGACGGCGACAGAAGAGGAGUCCGCCGGUGGAGUUGGUCUUCGGUUUCGCUUCCCUCUGACUCGGCUGCGGAGGUCUGGGAGCGCUUCCUGGCGCCGGGCAGCGCGCGGGUCUGGUUUUGGAACCGCAACACCGAGGAGGUCCUGUACGCUGACGAUCUAGAAGACGGAUGGCAGGACUUCUUGACAGAGGAAGGUCAGCGGUGGUUUUGGCAAGAAUCCACCGGCCGCUACUUCUUCGAGGAACCCCUCGAGUGAAGCCCUCACCGAGCUGAGCACGCGAAUGUGAAGCCCUCGCCGCUGGCGAAGCUGAGGGGUUGAGUCCAAGC